AUGGCCGCUCUAAUUGAACACCACCAGGAGAUUGUUCUGCUUUUACUCGAGAAGGAGGCCAAUGUCAAUCCGAACACUUGGCUGGAGGGAACCACGCUCAAGUUAGCUUCCGAGUUAGGCAGUAUAGAGAUCGUGGAGAUGCUCCUCGCCAAGGGAGCCGAUGCUGACGCUUGUAUUGCUGAGGCCAGUGCUCUCACCGCCGCCUCUAAAAAUGGUCAUUUAGAGGUCGUCAAGCUGUUGAUUGCCAAGGGAGCUGAUAUCAAUGCCAAGGACGGGAUGGAUAUCACGGCACUCCAUGCUGCUUCAAGAGAAGGCCAUCUGGAUAUCGCCGAGUUACUGCUUGACAGCGGGGCUAAUGCCAACGCUGGUGAUCGGCAAUUUGGCGCCGCGCUUCACGCCGCUUCAAGGGGAGGCCACCUACGGAUCGUCCAGCUGUUGCUCGCCAAAGCCACCGUUGCUAACUUUGCGAGUAGCAAUCAAGGCAUCGCACUCCCACAGUCUACAUUAAAAGGCCACCUAGAGGUCGUUGAGCUGCUGAUUGCCAACGGCGCAAAUAUCAACGCCAAGAAUGGGAUAUGGGGCAUCGCCCUCCAAGCCGCCUCCCGUGGAGGCCACCUGGGCAUUGUCGAGCUAUUUGUUACCAAAGGAGCCAAUAUCGACGCCGAAAGCAGAGGAUAUGGUCCUGCACUCCAGGCGGCGUCGCGGAAAGGCCAUCUGGGAAUUGUCAAGUUGCUACUGGACAACGGGGUAAAUAUCGAAGACAAUGGUGACUAUGGGACCGCUCUUCAAGCCGCCUCUCGCGGAGGUCACCUCGACAUUGUCGAGCUGUUAAUUGUGAAAGCGGCCAAUGUGGACGUCGGGGGUGGGAAGUACGGAACUGCACUCUGGACUGCGUCAAUACAUGGCCACCUGGGGAUUGUCGAGGUGCUACUCGACAACGGCGCAAAUAUCGACGAAGAUGAUGGUGGCCACGGGACCGCUCUCCAAGCCGCCUGUCACGCAGGCCACCAAGAGAUCGUUGCGCUACUACUCACUCAAGGAGCUGAUGUCAAUGCCCAGCAUGGCAUAUAUGGCACCGCGCUCUACGCAGCUUCAGAAGAAGGCUACCUAGAGAUCGUCGACUUGUUAAUUGCCAAGGGGGCCGACCUCGGCGUCGACCUAUACGCAGCUUCAAAAAAUGGCCACCUGGAGAUCGCCAUGCUACUGGUUGACAAGGCUGCCGAUGUAAAAGCCGAGGGCAUGAAGUAUGACACCGCUCUUGAAGCUGCCUCUCACGGAGGACACCUAGAGAUUGUCAAACUGCUAUUGGCCAAAGGCACAAAUGUGGAUGCCGCGGCCGGCAGAUACGGCACCGCGCUCCAGACUGCUUCACGCCAAGGCCAUUUAGAGGUUGUCGAGUUGCUGCUCGACAACGGCGCCAAUGUGGAUGCCGAGGCCGGCAUAUAUGGCACCGCGCUCCAGGCUGGCUCAAGCAAAGGCCAUUUGGAGAUCGACUUGCUACUCAACAACGGCGCCAGUUUGCAUGCUGAGGCCGGCAAGUAUGGCACCACGCUCCAGGCUGCUUCACGCCAAGGCCAUAUGGAGAUUGUCGAGUUGCUGCUCGACAACGGCGCCAAUGGGGAUGCUGAGGUCGGCAAGUAUGGCACCGCGCUCCAGGCUGCUUCACGCCAAGGCCAUUUGGAGGUUGUCGAGUUGCUGCUCGACAACGGCGCCAAUGUGGAUGCUGCGACCGGCAUAUAUGGCACCGCGCUCCAGGCUGGCUCAAGCCAAGGCCAUUUGGAGAUUGUCGAGUUGCUGCUCGACAAUGGCGCCAAUGUGGAUGCCGAGACCGGCAUAUAUGGCACCGCGCUCCAGGCUGGCUCAAGCCAAGGCCAUUUGGAGGUUGUCGAGUUGCUGCUCGACAACGGCGCCAAUGUGGAUGCCGAGGCCGGCAUAUAUGGCACCGCGCUCCAGGCUGGCUCAAGCCAAGGCCAUUUGGAGAUUAUCGAGUUGCUACUCGACAACGGCGCCAAUGUGGAUGCUGAGACCGGCAUAUAUGGCACCGCGCUCCAGGCUGGCUCAAGCCAAGGCCAUUUGGAGAUUAUUGAGUUGCUGCUCGACAACGGCGCCAAUGUGGAUGCCGAGGCCGGCAUAUAUGGUACCGCGCUCCAGGCUGGCUCAAGCCAAGGCCAAUUGAAGAUUAUCGAGUUGCUGCUCGACAAUGGUGGGAAUAUCGAAGGUGGUGGUGGCCACGGGACCGCCCUUCAAGCCGCUUCUCGGGGGGGGCCACCUGGACACUGUCGAGCUCUUAAUCAUGCGCGGGGCCAGUGUGGAUGCUGA